AUGGCUCCGAUGAAGCUGUACGGGGCGGUGCUGUCGUGGAACGUGACGAGGUGCGCGACGGCGCUGGAGGAGGCCGGCUCCGACUACGAGAUCGUGCCCAUCAACUUCGCCACCGCUGAGCACAAGAGCCCCGAGCACCUCGCCCGCAACCCGUUUGGUCAGGUUCCAGCUUUGCAAGAUGGGGACUUGUACCUCUUCGAAUCACGCUCAAUCUGCAAGUAUGCUGCUCGCAAAAACAAACCAGAGCUGUUGAGGGAAGGAAACCUUGAGGAGUCAGCAAUGGUGGAUGUUUGGAUGGAGGUGGAGGCAAAUCAGUACACCUCUGUACUGAAUCCCAUCCUGUUCCAGGUCCUCAUCAGUCCGAUGCUUGGGGGAACCACCGACCAGAAAGUUGUCGAUGAGAACCUUGAGAAGCUGAAGAAGGUGCUAGAGGUGUAUGAGGCACGUCUGACCAAAUCCAAGUAUCUGGCUGGAGACUUCCUCAGCCUCGCUGACCUUAACCAUGUAUCUGUCACCCUCUGCCUGCUUGCCACGCCCUACGCAUCUGUGCUCGACGCUUACCCGCAUGUGAAGGCCUGGUGGUCUAGUCUGAUGGAGAGGCCAUCUGUCCAGAAGGUCGCUGCCAUGAUGAAGCCAUCUGCUUGA